AUGCAAACACUGUGUGAAACAGCCAAAACAACUUUCGUAAAUGCCGCAGCUGUUUUCGGUGCCACAAAACUAGUGAAUGCGUAUCCGAUGUCAUAUAUAUUAUUCGAAAAGAAAACGACUGAACUGGCACAACAAUUUCAACAAGAAACACAAGCUUCUUUUCAGAUUCUAUUCUCUCAACUAAGCACGGCAAUUCGAGAUAAUCAAUUCUACUGCCCAGUAGGCAUUGCACCUAAUGUAAAGGCCUCGCCUGAUCGUACCCGAGUUCAAUUGCGUCUUCGAAUUAUGUAUCCUUCGGGAUCUAACUGUUCAUGUGCCAUAUCCAGCAAAUGUACUCGACCACUAGGUUUCUAUUGCAGUGCAAGCUCAUGCCAUAAUAUCAAUGUAUCACCAAAUUUUACUGCUCCUGGUAUGUAUAUGGGCUGUACACCCAUAGACUCAUUACUAGUCUCAACACUUGACUGCCUCUUCAAUCAAUCAUGUAUUCAAUUUCUGCUUGAUUGGCGUUUAUUUGACAUCAGUAGUAAGAAGUUACCGAUCGAUCCUCGUGGAGCUAAUACUACAGCACUCGACCCAGAUUUGCCCAGUCAGUUUUUACCUAACUCCACAUUUGAACCACUGGUAUUGGGCAUGUUUAUCGAAAAUUGGACAUCAUCCAUUGAUUAUAACACCUACUAUACAGCCUGCAAACCUGGUAGUUGCACAUACACAUACAAUCAACGAUAUGCUCUUGUUACUGCCAUCACAGUUCUCAUCGGUUUGUUGGGUGGACUUAGUGUUGCACUAAAGCUUAUUCUGCCACCUUGUGUAAAAGUGAUUGUAUGUUCUAGCGAUUUCGUUGCACAACAAUGGUGGAGUUAUCUAUGGGGCAUUGAUAAUGUGACCAAUUUUGGGGAUCUUCAACUUCUUAGUAUUCAGUUUCGUGUUCUUGCAUCAUUAUGUUCAUUAGCAAACCAAUCUAUCGACAAUGACAAAACUGCAUUUCUUAGCAACAAAUUAGUCACUCUAGAAGCAAUAUCAUUGAGUUUAUUUCAAACUCAAAUUGAUUCUCUUACUGCUGCAUUUAUUACUCAAACACCAGACAAAUUUCGUCAUACUCAGUCGUACAUUUAUGAAACAUUUCGUGCAAAUCAACUGUUGACUAUACCUGAAACAAACUGGCAAAUAGCUUUUACAACUGCAGCAUACAAUUACGUCAUUGCCACUGUGCCACGUAAUUCAUCUGGGAAUAAUUAUUCAUGUAUUACAUCAUUAAAUAGUUCCUCACGAUUAUUAUAUAUUGAUGCGAAUUCUAACACAACAGUAUUACCUGGUGUGGUGGCUGGUUGUUUACCAAUUGAUGGUAUUCGUCUGUCGACUCUAGAAUGUUUCUUUGAUUCCAGCUGUAUACUCAACUUGACAAGCAUUGCAUCGACACGCACUACCACUAUUUGGAUUGCAAAACCGCUGAAUGCUUCGACACCUAGUAAUUAUUCUUCAAAUACUCUUAUAGGCAGCCUCGCUGAUAGUUUAUUUAUGGAAGAUUGGGGAAUUGCAAGUAAUUAUUCAAGCUACUUUGCUUCGUGUGCUCCGCAUUCGUGUUCAUACAAAUACAUUGAUCACAACACAAUACUUUAUAUAAUCACCACUUUGCUUGGCCUGUAUGGUGGGUUGACGGUGGUUCUUAGUUUUAUUGUCUGGCGUGGAUGGCGUAUGUAUCAGAAAAUUGUGAGAUGGAUGCAAACCGCUUCUCGUUCAACAUCAGCACAAGUAGUUCCUUUUCAGCCAACCAUCGACAUUGGAUGA